GAUCCGCACAUUUCAAAAUGGCCGCCGUCGGAGAAGUCUUGCGAAUUAGCUUGUAUUUUCUACAGAAUUUAAGGCUUAUUUUGAGUGCGACGUGAGUUAUCUUAUCUCAUCGAGAUGAUGGUGAAUCCGCCAAUUCGGCAAACAUAUUUGUAGUAGGAGGAUUUGCUGAAAUUCUCCUCUAUUCGUUGAUAAACAGCCAAUAUGUGCUGCAAGAAGAAGGACCUGUCAGAUCCUGGGUCUAACGCAGCACUGGCUGUACAGAGUCCAAGAAAGAAUGGUUGGAGCUGGCCUCUACACCCGUUCCAAUUUAUAGCUUGGAUUUUCAUCCUGUAUUUUGGGACAGUUCACUUUGGCAUUCUUGUGCCGGUGAUGCCAACGGAAUGGCAGAUGGCUGGGUAUAUCACUGUGGGGAUCUUCCUGGGACUCCAUUGUGUACUACACAUCUGGAGCCUAUCAGUGAACCCGGCUGAUGACAAUGUAAUACGGAAAUGGAAAGGUCUCGAGCCGAAGCGGUACGACCGGACCAUGCAGGCACACGUCAUAGAGAACAACAGAUGUUACAUCUGUGACACCGAUGUGUGUGCUUCGGCCAAACAUUGCAGACUUUGCAAUAAGUGCGUGUCGGGUUUCGAUCACCACUGUAGGUGGCUUAACAGCUGCAUCGGGGACAAGAAUUACAAAUUGUUCAUCUCAUGCUUGGUGACUGCACUGGUUGGAGCCAUAUUGAUAAUUGCAGUGACAUUAUACGUAACUGUCAUGUUUUGGGUGGAUCCAUCGGUACUACAUUACGCUCAGCAAGGGAUUCUUGUGACAGAUGUUGUCCCCUCGGUGGCCUCAGACCUCCCCAGUGUUGCACCCAACAUAUCAAGCAAUGGUACAACUCCUCUUCCAACCACCAGCAGCAAUGACGUGACAUAUAAGUAUUACCUGUUUGCGGAGGUGCCUGGCGCAGCCUUCAUCAGCGUAGUAAUCACAACAAUGGUUCUCUGUCUCGUCGCUAUUUUGCUACUCGGCCAUCUCCUAUGCUUCCAUAUCUACCUAAUGUGCAAUAACCUCACAACGUAUGAUUACAUCAUGCGUGGCAGGGAAAAGGCAAAGAAGUCUUCCCCAGAGUCUAGCCAGCAGAACCUUAAGGGUAACAAGGUUGCGCCAGUAGCGAUGAUCUCUCGUGACCAGGGUCUGCAUGAGAGCAUGGAAAACGGGUACGUUCCUGAGAACGGCUACCAUCAUGGUAGUUACGACCCUAACAGUUCAGAUGAGGACACCAGACAGAUGCAGCGUCAGUACGAGGAGGUACUGAUGGAAGACGAGGCUCUGUCCCCGCGCCUGACCGCCCGGAGCAGCGGCAGGCAUCGCCCCACCAGCGCCGACAGGGAGCGCCAGGACAGCGACCUCCAACAGCCAAUCAUGAUGAAGAUGCCGCGGCAGCUACCCCCGAUUAGGCCAGUAGCAAACUUAGUACAGGAGACUACACAGGUAGCCGCUGCAAAGAAGAAGAAGAAGCCCAAGAGGAACAAUGCAUCCAAGGAAAGGAAGAUGGAAGUAGCUGCAAUUGCUGCCAAUGGCACGUACACGCCACGCGGAUACAACAUCAACCCGACACUGCCCCCAAUCACGCCGCCCGCCCCGGCGCCCAGGAACGACGUGAUCACACCGGCGCGCUCCCCGUCUCCGUACCACUCCUCCUCCGCUGAGUCGCUACAGGAGAUCCCACUGGCCACCAUUAGGGGCACCGGGGAACAGGUACAGGUUAUCCAAGCCGGAGCCAGCCCUAACACCAGCCCACACCUCCCCUCCCAGGACCCGGAGAGAAGGGCCCACUCCAAGCGGCGGAAGGCUAAGCCCAAGGAGAGGCGUCCCCGUCCUCUCGACGUGCCGCCAUUGGAGCUGACUCAGACCGUCACGGAUGGCGAGUACAGCUUACGCAGCGACGUGGCCACCGGGCAUAGUGGCAGGCCACUGCCCCCGCUGCACAUGGCAACAAGUAACGUGUAAAUGCUAAGAUUCUCACGGCAAUAACAUACUAGGCCACACUAAUUUGAUAUGUUGGCUUUUGGAUUUUUCAGGAAAAAUAUGAAGCAACAGGGUAUGUGGAAAAUGUGAGAAAAAAACAGUCUUAAGCAUCCUCUGAUUGCUCCAAAUGCUACCGUAAUGGUAGGAGCCAUGGCGUCAACAUACCAGGCUAGUUUCUUUUUUAAACAAGGAAUUUUGAACGUUUUUUUUUUUAUCUAAGCAAUGCUUUGAUACAUGCAGAUGGAAAAAGAUGGAAAAACUAUAACCAAAAGGAGCUCUCUUCAACUGUUUGAGCCAAAAUAUGGAGUCGAUUUAGAACUUUUUUGUUUUUGAAAAUCAGAAAAAAAGAAAGUUUAUGAAUCCAAGAACCAAUUACUUACAUUGGUGUGGCCUUAAUUGCUAAAUGUAAUGUUUCCCCCAGUGCCAUUGUCAGAUUACAUGUAUUUUCUAUUGACAUUAUGUUCUCAAGGUACAGGUACAUGUAUGCUCUUCAGAGAUUUUCUAUAUAUGUGAACUACAUAUCUGCUACUUUGUGCAUAAAAUGUGCAAGGUUCGAGAUUCCAUUUUCUACUUUCCUUACUAUGCAUACAUGUACUUUGUUUUGAACAAGUGUGCUUCUCAAAAACAUUUCCCCCAUUGUCUGUAUGCAGUUUAAUGCAAUGAUGUUUCUAUUAUUUUUUUUAACAUAAUCAGUCAGAGAUUUUGUGGGACCAAAAAUGACCAGUUGUGCAGGAUUGACGUGAAUUAAUGUAGAACAUUUCAUAGUGUUAACCCUCGUGCCAAAGAUAUGUCACAAAUUAUUAUUUUAUAAUCCCUAACUGUUCUCAAAAGAAUGAGGUACCAGGAAAUUGUGCAUAGAACAUACAUAAUAUGAACCCUCCAUAUUCAUGCAGCUAUGUGAUUUUUUUAAAUCUUGAUGUUAUUUCAAAGCUAUGAAAAAGGUACUACAAGUGUUAAAGCAGUCAUUGAGGCACUUGGACCAUUGAAAUGUUUGUUAAAUGACUAGAAUUCCAUGUUGAUUUUUUGCUUUUCUUGUUUAUUUUUGUACACAAAAAAAAGAAAAAAAAGUAUUGUAUCAAAACAGUGAUGUGCCAAAACUAAAAGGGAGCAUUUGGUCAUGUACAAAAUAUACAUGUAAACUAAACAAAAGAGAGAAAUAAGAACUGAUUGUAACUGACUGCAGGUUUUGUGCCUUAAGAUACUAGACUAAGUACUCAAAGGAGUUGAUAUGACCAAACUUGAUGAAAAUGGCAAAGGCAAAGAUACACUGUAAUAUGUACAGUCACAUUCUGAUAAUCUAAGUGUUUAAAUCAUACUUGUUUUUGAAAAAUCUUUUUGCAGUGUACAUACAGUGUAUUACAUUUAUGUAUAAGAAACUUUGUGCCAUGUUUUCAAGUAAUCUAAACAUGUGGAAAAUGAUUGUGUACGUCAGAACAGUAUUAGAGAAUAUUUGUAUUUGUAUGACAUGUGGACAUGUAUGAAAAGAAAGUAUUUUAUGCAAUAAAUGUGUACAGAUAUUGAACUUAAA